UUGCCCGCAUACGAAACUAUUCGGUGUGCUAUGAUAACCGCCGUCAACCCCGCCCCCGUCCUCAUCAUUGCCUGCGUUAUGUGUACAUUUCUUGACGUUGUUUCUCCUGCGUCCUAAAAUAUUAAGUGAGAGCCGGGAAAGUUCGGGUUUGGCUGUAUUUCGUUUUUUUUAUAGCAUUUCGACUGUGAUAUUUUGAAAAAUAAGGUGAUAAUUGAACAUGAAACUCUGGAUAUAAUAGAAAAUUAACAACGCACGUGUAAUGAAAUAAUAGUAUAGACCCCGUGUCGUCACCACAUGGAGCGCGUCGGUUCUUUCUAACAAUCUAUCAAGUGACAACGAGUGAUUUUCAUAAUACCCUUGUGUUGCAAGCGAAACCUUUCUUAGUGCUAUUGCUCCUCUUUGAAUUCUUAGCUGGAUAAUACCAAAUAACAAAAUACGAGUGGAGUGUUUGUUUUCAGUGUAAUGGAAUCAUUUUAGUGCGCGACUCUUAACGAUUUUCGGCCCCCUUUGGUUUGGCCGUUAUGUCAAGUAAACAAAAUACAAAUUCAAAAUGUUGAAAUUUCUUGUGAGUUUGAAUGAAUGAAUUUGUGAUUGAAUAAUUGGUAAAAAAACUAGAAAAAGGUUUCCAAAAAAAUAACGACAAAUUAGCUGAGAGUGUCCUAGGUUUCAUUGGUUGAACAGGAUCCAGAUAACAAAAUAAAAUGGGUUUCCUGAUAGGGAGUCUAGCUGCAGCAGUUGGCGCCCCGGAGCCAGCAUUACGGUUGCUUAUUUCAAUUCUAGUCGGCUACCCUCUAGCUCUAGUCUAUCAUAACUUCAUGUACAAACAAUCUACAACAAUUAGACAUAUAUAUUUCGCUAUUAGCGGUUUCCUAUUAAUUGUUUUCAAUUAUGGUUUUGAUGUCUAUCACAGUCUAAUUGCCAUCCUAUUUACCUAUGUGAUUGCAAAUGUCCUUUACGCAAAGCCAAAACAUCUAGUCAUUAUCAACUUCAUAUUCCACAUGGCCUAUUUAUUGUUGGCCUAUUAUUUCACCGAGAGCGAUGAAUACGAUAUCAUUUGGACAAUGCCACAUUGUGUUCUAGUUUUACGUUUAAUCGGAUUAGGAUUCAGCAUAGCGGACGGCUUGAAAAAACCCGAAAGCUUGUCAAAGGAUCAAAAAGAGUCAGCUCUGACGCGAAUUCCAUCACUACUUGAGAUUACAGCCUAUACAUAUUUCCCAGCGUGUUGCUUAGUCGGACCUCAAUUUCCAUUUCGUCGCUAUGAACGCUUCAUGAACAAGGAGUUUGAACGAUAUAAAGGACAUGUAAGAAGUGGUCUAACCCGAUUCGGUUUGGGUAUCUUUUAUCUAGCAAUUAGACAAAUUGGAGCGGGAUUUCUACCUGAUGAGUAUUUCUUGGAAGAAGAAUUCCAAGCAUAUGUUUGGUGGCACAAGUAUAUCCUGCUGGCCAUAUGGGGUAAAUUGGCGCUAUAUAAAUAUGUAUCAUGCUGGCUGUUGGCGGAAGGAGCUGCAACGUGCUUUGGUUUAUCAUUUGUUGGAAUCAAAGAAGACGGCUCAGAAGAUUGGUCAGCAUGUUCCAACAUAAAAUUAGAGAUGUUUGAAAAAGCCUCGAAACUUGGCCACUAUGUCCUUUCAUUUAACGUCAACACAAAUCACUGGGUCGCUGAGAACGUCUAUAAACGCCUGAAAUUCUUAAACAAUCGAACCAUCAGCUAUGCGAGCGCACUAUUCUUUCUGGCACUCUGGCAUGGAUUCCAUACAGGCUAUUAUAUGUCCUUUUUUAUGGAAUAUCUGACAAUAACUUUCGAAAGACAGAUUUCCAACAUUUAUGAUGGACUUGCCAAUGGACCAAAGGGCAAUCUAGUCAAAUCCACGCCUAGCCAGGUUGUGAUUUUCAUUCUACGUCAAAUAUAUACCUUGGUCGGAAUGGGCUGGUGUCUAGUGCCGUUUGUGUUUUUGAGCUACGAUAAAUGGUUCAGCGUCUAUAAGACAUUCAAUUAUAUAGGAUUUGUAUUAUUGGUGCCUUGGUUUUUAGGGCACUUCAUCUAUAACCAAUUCUUUAGGCCACCAAAAAAGAAUGUAAAGAGCGGCGGUGAAACGAGAGCGCCCAGUUCAAAGGUCGCUACAGAUUAAAUGUAAGUGAUAGGGUCAAUAUAACACAUAAAACGGAAUAUUGAGAAUAAAAAAGGACUAUUAAACCAGAAAAUUGAAUUCCCAAGAAGCAUACCAGACUAAAAAAAAAGCGGUCCAACUUCAGUUACAGUCCUUAAUCUCAUCAACUAUGUAUAAUAUGCCGAAUCGUAAUACAGAUGUACUUGAAAAAAAAAAAUUAUCAAAAUUACAGCUGCAAAGUUUA